AUGGCGCUGGCGGCGGCCCGCGCGCGGGGGCUGCGCAGCCUCCUCCGCGGCCCGCUGCCGCGGCGCCCGGGGCCCUUGGGCGGCCGCUGCUGCGCCAGCAGCGCCGCUCCGAGCCCGCCCGGCGGCUACAGCGCCUGGCAGGAGCGGGCGACCCGCGACCCCGGCGGCUUCUGGUCCGAGGUGGCGCGGGGUGCGCUGCGCUGGGACAGCCCCUUCCACACGGCGUGCGAGGCCGGCGCGGCCGGCGGCGCCGCCCGCUGGUUCCUUGGCGGCCGCCUCAACGUCUCCGUGAAUUGCUUGGAUCAACAUGUCCAAACAUCUCCAGACAGAGUGGCUUUGAUUUGGGAGAGAGAUGAGCCUGGAUCUGCAGUGCAUGUUACAUACAGGGAACUUCUGGAUAUGACUUGCCGUCUCGCCAACACCCUGAAGAAAUAUGGGAUACAGAAAGGGGACAGGGUUGCAAUUUAUAUGUCCGUGUCUCCCUUGUCUGUGGCAGCCAUGCUGGCUUGCGCCAGGAUUGGUGCCAUUCACACUGUGGUCUUCGCUGGAUUCAGUGCGGAGUCCUUAGCUGGGAGAAUCAUGGACUCUGGAUGCAAAGCAGUCAUCACCUACAACCAGGGAGUCAGGGGCGGCCGAAUCAUAGAGCUGAAGACAACUGUGGAUAAAGCUGUAAAGAACUGUCCUAGCAUCAAACAUGUCUUUGUGGCUCAGAGGACAGAGAACGAAGUCCAGAUGGGUGACUGCGAUGUUCCCCUUGAAGAAGAGAUGGCCAAGGCAGCUUCUGUGUGCACUGCAGAGAGCAUGGACAGUGAAGACAUGCUCUUCAUGCUGUACACUUCAGGCAGCACUGGGAAACCCAAAGGAAUUGUUCACACCCAGGCUGGAUACCUGCUGUAUGCUGCUGUCACACACAAGUAUGUGUUUGACUACCAGCAAGGUGAUGUUUUCGGCUGUGUGGCUGACAUUGGCUGGAUCACGGGACACAGCUAUGUUGUGUAUGGACCACUCUGCAACGGAGCCACUUCUGUCCUGUUUGAAAGCACGCCAUUGUACCCUGACCCAGGUCGUUACUGGGAAAUGGUACAAAGGUUGAAAAUUAAUCAAUUUUAUGGAGCUCCUACGGCUAUACGUUUGCUACUGAAGUAUGGAGAUGAGUGGGUGAAGAAAUAUGACAGAUCUUCCCUAAAGACCCUGGGAUCAGUGGGAGAGCCCAUCAACAAUGAAGCUUGGCAGUGGUUCUACCAUGUGGUGGGAGAUGGGCGCUGCACUCUCGUUGACACGUGGUGGCAGACAGAAACUGGUGGCAUCUGCAUUGCCCCACGGCCUUCAGAGGAGAAAGCUGAGAUCGUUCCAGCUAUGGCUAUGAGACCAUUCUUUGGGAUUAUACCUGUGCUGAUGGAUGAGAAUGGAAACGUUAUAGAGGGCAAUGAUGUAUCUGGUGCACUCUGUAUUGCCCAGCCGUGGCCUGGCAUGGCCAGAACGAUCUAUGGAGAUCACCAGCGAUUUGUUGAUGCCUAUUUCAAAGCCUACCCAGGUUACUACUUCACAGGCGAUGGUGCUUACAGGACUGAGAAAGGCUAUUACCAAAUAACGGGGCGCAUGGAUGAUGUCAUUAACAUCAGCGGACACAGGCUCGGGACAGCAGAGAUAGAAGAUGCUAUGGCUGAUCACCCGGAAGUCCCUGAGACAGCUGUGAUUGGAUAUCCACAUGAGAUCAAAGGAGAAGGUGCCUUUGCUUUCAUAGUGAUAAAGGAAGAGACAGCUCAUAAAGAUCGUGUUAAAGAAGAGCUCAAAACCAUAGUGGCUUCCAAAAUAGCAAAGUAUGCUGUGCCUGACCACAUUCUGGUAGUGAAACGCCUUCCCAAAACUCGAUCAGGGAAGAUCAUGAGAAGGCUGCUCAGGAAAGUGGUUGCUGAGCAGUCAAGUGACAUGGGAGAUACGACCACACUCGAUGACCCAAGCGUCAUCACGGAGAUAUUGGAUGCUUACCAGAAAUACAAAAAGGAGAAGAGUUCUUCCUAGCGGGCAGCUCUGGAAUCUCUGUCCUCUGGAAAUAUGGAGGGUCUCAAAUAACCAGGCAAACAGCAUGUUUUUCUUUUUCCUUGCUGCUUUUUGCAAAGCUCUUCCUUUUUAGAAGAACAAGACUUUCUUGUGUACAACAUUGCUAGCAAUGUCCUGAGCUAGGAGCAAUCUGCAGUCUUGCAUAAUCAAUUUGCUGUAACUGAGCUCCCUUUCGUUGCUUUUAGUAGAACAACUGUUGGGGUUUCUACUGGCUGUGGUGAAGUUAAGAGUAGCUAAAGCAAAGUAAAGAUAUUAAUGUUUCUCAUUUUAAUGUUCCUGUAUAGGAAAAAGUUUUAUACAAUACCUUUGCUGUUUUAAAAGCAGCCCUGGAAUACACUUCAAUGUUUCCUUCAUCUUGGAUAUCCAAGUUCAAGUAGUUGUACUUAACUGCGACUCUGGUGCCUUUUCAGCAAUGGUGGAUAUUCUCAUAGAUAUUUCACGUGCAGUAAUAGGGAAAUGAGAAGGGCAUUGGCUAAUCUGAUUUGGUAAUUCUUUCUUUUUGUUACCCAGUUAUUCUGAUACCUCCUUGGGCUUUCCCUGCAAGGUCUUGUUUGCCUAAGAUGGUGAGUCUGUAUCCCUUCCUGUCCUACCAUGGCAACCCAGUACCAGCAGUUGGAGCUACAAGACUGAGCCUUUCCCUAGAGUCCCUCCAUGUCCUCAGCUCAUUGCCAGUUGUGUAGGAGUGGUCUAGUCACAAGUGUUUUUAUUCUGACUUGAGAAACUGAGAUCACCAGCUGAGUCUUUAAAGUGACCAUCCUUUUCCCCGCUGCUGAUGCCAGCUGAGUCAGUGCUGUCCCAUUGCUGUUCACUUUUGCAGAUUAGGCAAGGCGACCUACAAGUAGUAGAUCUCUGUUGUUGGUUGAUGGUUUAUGUAGAUGCCUUUGUUUCUUGGAACUCCUGUGAAAAGGGGAUGAUAUUUGCUUUGCUGUCUCUCAGAGGAGCUUUGAGAAACAGAAUCCUGAAGUGCUGAAGAAGAGUUUGAAGUGCAGAGAAUUUUGAAGCAGGGAGAUUCUGUCUCUCUCUCGCUGUAGUGCUGGAGGUUCAUGGUGACUGCCUGAACUGUGUGAUUUGUGACCAAGCAAUGGUUAAAGCAAUGGUUAUUUUAGCCCACUUCCAAAUGGCUUGUAGUCUUUUUUGCCCCAACAGAGACAAGCAGUGUAGUGUGGAGACAGGUUGGUUCUUCUAUCAGAAGUUCUGUCUUAAUACUGUUGUUUUAGGUUGUGCCCUACCAUGUCUGCUCCUUUCGUGUGCCACCAUGCUGAUGUUCUGAAGAGCUAACUACCAAGGGGAUACCUUAAAAUCCCACAAGCCACCUUUUAGGUGGCUUCUAGAAAGUGAUGGUAAUAUUCCUGACCAGCACUCUCAGGAUAACAGGGAACUGUUGUAACAAAAUAGUCCUCAUCUUUCAAAUGCUUUCAAAACUGCAACAAAUAUAUUCAGUGUUUCAUUUCUUGACUUUUUGUGUUUUAUCAUGGACAAGUUUUGAUUAAAGUGCUACUUAUUUUUGGACUGUUAAAAGAAUUCAAUAGUAGGUCUCCUCUAUUAGAUCACUGACGGUCAUGAAAAGACCUGCAGUUACUAAGUGCCUUCGAGAAUUCUGCAUCUCUGUCAAAUUGGUUAAAGUUGGUUGAAGGGUUCAGAGUGAUUGGAGAAGCCACAAAGAGCAUGCCAGAAAGUGUUAGGACUAGUGUUAAGAGGAGGCUGAAUCCAGCAGUCUGAUAUGGGCAAGGCUGCAGCAGCUCCAUGGCCCUAGAUCCAGCCAGUAGUGAGGCUGAGUAUGUAUUCCUAGCAGGCAUACACACACAAAUACAUGUAUACAACACAUAUAUACAUAUAAACAUAGCUGGUCACACAGAUCAACAGAGAAAGGCACACACAGCACCAGUGGUGUCAUCCUGUCCCCUUCCCUGGCUGAUAAGGAUGAAGGUCUGUUAGUGAGGAAUAUAAAUAUGUAUACAAUGUGGAUCCUUUGAGUAGCUGGGCUUAGGCAUUCAGACUGUAUAGCAGCUGGCCCUUGGAUCCCCUGUCUGCCUAGUUGCUGGCACCUGGACAUAUGAGCCUUUGAGGCUCAUAGCCCCACUUCAGCUGCUGCUACAGCCCCCCUCACUCACAGGUGCAUACAGAGAUACAAACACAUGUUGGGAUCCCCCAGUUGCUGGGCUUUGACACUCAAUCUACCCAGUAGCUGGUCCUUGAUCCUCAUUCUUCCCAGAUGCCUCACCCUUAGACACACACACACACACACACAAAUGGAUCUCGCUUGACUCCCCUGGUCCCUCCAGUAACCACUCCUCCUGUGCCCCUUUGAGAUGCACACACAGACCUGGCUUCCAGGCCACUGAACCUAGUGGUGUGGCUGGGUAGCAAUCACACACUGACUUAUGUACCCUCCUGGACUCCAGUUACUGGCAUGACAGACACAAGUGCUUUGUGACUGUGGUCCCACUCCAGUUGCUGGCACUUAGACAUCCACACACACAUGUACACAGAGGAGGGAGAUCCUCACCCAGGAAAAUAGUUAGAAGCGGAAUUUAAAGAGAAGAGACAAACUUCACUGAUCAAGAGCAGAGUAUGGGUCAGACCAACAUAUUGACCAGCAACCCGUUUUACAGCUGGUGAGUCUCUUUUAUCCGUUUAUCCCUCAAUUUUCCUGUGCUCAUUCCUCCUCAAACCACAUUGAUCCCUCCCUUUCCCCUCCCUUUGGUUCCUCUCUUGAACGUCCCAUAAUAAGUUCUGUGCAAUCCUGAAAUGCUCUUUCCCUCCACCCCAUAAUGUGUCCCAUAUCCCCAAGCAGUGACCACUCUCAGUCUGCAAGGUGACAGGGAGAGAUGCUUCUGGUGACUCACAGUGAUGGGUGCCAGCCCAACCCACGGGGCUCAGGGUAUUGCUCAAAUUCCCCCACCUGCCAUUUUUUCUCCGUGCUCCUUUAUGUGUGCACAGAUGAGCUUUUUAUCACAUAGCCAUUAUAACAAGUAGAGGCGUCCUUUCCUCUUCUGAGAUGUCAAAGCUCAAGGUGUACACCAGUGCAGGUGUGGUACUGAUCCUAAGAGUGUGUGCUGCAAGGGCUAAGAUAGAACUUCAUCUUAAGCUGCCUAAGACAGGUGACUGCUAACCACUGCUUCAGCACUGACUGGAGUCACUGAGUCCAUCUUUGCAAUUUUGCCUCUGUCUUAUUAUCUCAGCUGACUGUCAGCUUAGUUCCAUGGAGCUGUGUGAUUUGGCCCAUGAAACCUCCAAGUAACUGGCAGAAUAGCCAACUUCUGUUGUGCUUUUACAUGGGUUGCUUCCUGCUGAAUUCAAGUGGAACAGCACUGCUUUUCCAGUGGGACUGUGUAUGGGAGGGACAGUCUGUAUCCUUAACUGGAGAUCGGGGAAAGAAUUGGCUAACUGAUGCUGCAGGACUGGGAGGGAAGUGGUGAGUGUUGUGGCCAGCUGAUAUUCUGGUGCAGAAUGGGGAAGCAAGCUACUUGCAGUACAAUGUGCUCUCAAAGACAGGUGGGUUGUUGCAGAUUGCAGAGUUCCUGUGUGUACGCUAGCUGCAUUUGUUGGGGGUUUUUAAUUAUUUAUUUAAAUUUUCUCUAGAACUGGGUAAUACGGUAGGGAAGAUCAUGUUUCCUUGAAAUUCCCAUCCUUCUGAUUGUAGUCCGUUCUACUUAGAGUAAAUAGAGACCUUUGUGGGAAGUCCCAGAUCAAGACUGGGUAGAGUUGACAGGAAGCUAAUAUUUCAGGAGACAGCCACAAUCUAUAUCCUCUAUUGCCAUUACAAAAGAAAAAAGCCUUCCCCCUUAAGAGAUUUUUCAAGAGGGAAGCAGCCAAGAGCUUAUGCUUUUGACAGAAAAAGUAGACUCCUUUGUUUAAACAAGUUGUCUCUAUACAGUCUGAAGUACAGUGUGGAGAAGGAAAGAUGACCUUUGAACAAGCCUACACAGUCUCCUUUUAGUCAAGAGAGCAUUUGCUAUAUUACGGUUAUAGAAUUUCCCUAACCUCAAAACAUAUAGAAAUAUCCUAACCUCAAGUUUCCCAUGCUAAGUUGUGACCCUAUGAAUGCUGUCAUGGACCUAUAGUUGAAUUCCCUUGAACUACUUUGAAACUUCCAUGGGAGGAAUAAUGUGUAGCUUUGGUGUUUGCUGUACUGAGACAUUCAUCAUAAUCUGCUCAGGGAAAAGGGGAGAUUGGUGUGCUCCAUGCCUGCGUCUGUGUUGUCUCAGCUUGCAUGGACUUAAGGACCACAGCUGCAGAGGAGGUUACAGACUAGCCGUUUUACUGCAGCAUCCCAGGCAAUUUCACAGCCAUGCCGGCUAUGGUGCGGACAGACUGCAGUUACAAACAAACCUCAAACUGUGAACUUGUGAAGCCUCUCUGCUAAAACUGUCUGUCACCGGCACGUGCAAAAGUGCCACGUAGCAUCCAGACUACAUGAUGGCCACGCUCUGUUUUUUCCUUGUGAGUCUUCUGAGCUGAGGAGUGGUCCUGGGGGUGCCUGCCUGCGCAGAGCCCUGCCAGGGUGUUCAGGCAGAGCACGUUGUCUCUGCCGGAGCACUGCUGUGCUGCUUGCAUGGUGUUCUGCAGUGCUCAGCUCCUGCUGGGCAGGCUCAGCCCCCAGUUUGCCUCGUAUAACGGCACUUUUGUGAGCCUGCCUGCACUGCUCAGUUCCUCUAAUAGCACCCUGCUGCUGGUGGUGAAAACAGAGCUAGACAGGGGCUUGGAACUGGCAUUUCUCAAGAAAUGUGCUUUAUUGCAUAGGAUUCCGUAGAAGACUUUGCCAAAUAUCUAAUUUUCCAGAGGCAAUUUGCCUGAGAACUCCCCCUUUCUUCUUUUUCCUUGUGACCUCUGCUAACUGCAGUGGUUGCAUCUUCAGUGUGAGCCUGAGGUGAACUUUCUCUGGGUCAUCAUAACCAUUUGCACUGCUGCAUGUGGCAGUGCUUUCUGCUUUGCAUGCAGCUGCCUCAUGUUCCAGGCUUAGAGGAUUGUGAAAGAGUCACUCAGAGAAUAGUUCAGCCUGCAGGAUUGGGAAUGAUGUUCUUAGUUCUUAAAAUGUUCAGGAGGUAGUUUAUAAAAGACCCUGAGCCUGCUGCCUUUUGAGCUAAUCUUCACUAAUCAAUGAGGAAGACAGAGGUACAUGGAAGAGUUUACAGUGGCAUUGUGGAACGGAUUUGGGGAUAGUUGCUUCAGUCUGAAAAGUGGAUCUCUUGGCCUCUUUUUGUGUCCAAGAUUAAUGUGUGGAUAAUUUGUCAGAUUGCAUUUGUAACUUCAAAAGAGAUCUAAAAUUGAUUUUACAUGUUGCAUUUUUUUAUAAAGGGCAAACAGAAAUACUUAGUAAGGGAAGCAAUUUCUGCCAGGGACAAUGUCUAUUGUAGCAGAGUCCAGCUGCUAUAAAACCUUACCAUGUCUCUGCAACCUGUGCUUGUUUUGUUCUCCCACUUGGUUGUGCUAGAUAGAACACAUCAUGGUGCCUAUUCUUCCACUGGAGACACAGACCGUGAUUUUCUUAAUUUUAGGAAGCAAGGUCCCUUUGCAGAGAUGAGGGUUGUGUUAUACACAUUAAUGCUAAGCAUUUAAUUUUAUUGUGCUUUCUUGUAAUUAUGUUUUAAACACAUUUAUUGUACUUUACCAAAAUCAGUUUCUUCAAUGAUUUGUGUAUUCAGAUUUUUAUUAAAAGAAAUCUCUUUGUC